AUGUCCGACUCACACGACCAUGCGAUUGCGCGUGCCCAAGCUCGGAGACGACGAAGGAUCGAUCAUGCGGAUUUAGCGAAGGAGCGCGAGAAGGCUUUCUAUCGUUACUACCCCCGACCAGGCUCUCAUCUUCCCCAGACCGAUGGUCCUGGAAGCCGCCAAGCAUCGCCGUCGCCUGCCCCCAAAUCGCAAACACCUCCGAACACCCCGCCGCCUUCUCUAGACUAUACCCCGCGAGCGUCGGACGAUAAGGCCUUGACCGCAUUUGCACAGUUGGGAGCUCUACGCCUGAAUGCGCGGAGGUGUCUCAUAUCCUUCUUCGACAGGAACGACUGCUUCCUCCUCGCUGAAGCUACACGCACCUUGUCGCUACAAACCGGAGAGCCCGAGUUCGACGAUGACCGAUUAUGUUUCGGCACCACCAUCUUCCCCAAGGAGCAGAGUCUCUGCAACUACACCGUCAACCUGGCUCCGAAAUACAGCACGCUCCCUAUCGAUGAUCCGAGCGACUUGCCUUCCCUCGUUGUCAACGACCUUAGCAAAGACACACGCUUUUGCAACUUUCCCUUCGUCAAGGGCUUGCCCUACUCGCGCUUCUAUGCAGGAGUGCCAAUUCGCAGCCCAAGUGGCCACAGCAUCGGUACCUACUGCGUGCUGGACGAGAAUCCACGCGAUGGGUUGUCGCCGCACCAGCUCGCUUUCUUGAAGAGUAUGGCCGGGACGGUAAUGCGACAUUUGGAGAGGACCAGGGCAGCCGAAGAUCACCGCAGGGCUAAGAUUAUGGUCAAGAGCUUGGGUUCAUUUGCCGAGGGGAAGAGCGGGCUGGAGAAUUGGGCCAAUGACCCUUGGGAUGUAGACCAACCGCAGGUGCCCGGCUUGCCAGAUGUUAUCAUACCCCAACGGCAGCGUCCUGCUGCCACGUCCGAUGCUGCGCAAGAACCUGUUGUGCUCAACGGACACGACCACACAGAGCCGGGUAUGAGGAAUCCGAAUGAUACCCCACCCCUAAGCAGUGUGCCACCGGCCAUAGUAAAUGGAGAGACGAUUGAUGGCAUGCGCCCAGAGAUAACUACUACCACGUCGUCCACCUCCACGAAAGGCUUCACCAAAAAUGAUCAGAAGGACAGGGUAGCUCCAGAAUUGAGAGCUCACUUCACACGGGCAGCGAACAUGAUCGUGGAUUCAACCGAGGCGGAAGGCGUGGCAUUCUUUGAUGCUAAAAUCAGUACAUUUGGAGGUCUGGUCGACGACGACUUCGAUCCCGAUCAGCUACCCGAACCGGACAAGCCUUGCGAUAUCUUAGGGGCGGCUCUUUGCAGGACCGACCGCGAUACUAAGCCGCUACCCAACAACACCGGUGAAUGCAUCUCAGAGAGCGUUCUCAGACACCUCCUACGACUUUAUCCACAUGGUCAAAUUUUCCAUCUUGACGAUGAUGACACUACGACCCCCCUUAUCAACUCGCCGUCAACUGGCAUCGAGGACGUCGAGUCGGUCGAUGGCUUUCCAUUCAGUACACCACGCAAAGCCGAAUCCACUCGAAGCUUGGACGACGAAACUUAUCUCAGAAAAGUCUUCCCGACUGCUCGAAGUCUGAUACUGUAUCCCUUGUGGGAUCCGCAUCGCGAGCGCUGGUUUGCGACAGCUGUCAUCUGGAGCUCUGAACCGAAGAGAAUCUUUACAACUGAACAGGAGCUCAGCUAUCUGGCGGCAUUCAGCAACUUUGUCAUGGCUGAAGUUGCUCGUCUGGAUACAAAGCUUGCCGAUGCUGCAAAGGCGGAUUUUAUUUCGUCCAUCAGCCAUGAGCUACGCUCUCCCCUGCAUGGCAUACUCGGAAUGACCGAUUUGUUGAAAGAUUCUUUUCUGGACAGCCAACAGGUAUCCCAUGUAGCAACCAUCGAGACAUGUGGGAAGACUUUACUGGAAACCAUCAAUCACGUUCUUGACUUUGCCAAAAUCAACAACUUGACACGUGGGGUUUCGAAACGCCAGAAGAAGCGUACACAGAGCGCGAAGCACAUGAUCAGUCCAGGUCAAGCUCAUACCAAUGAUAUCAUGACACUGAUCAACGACGUUGACAUGAGCAUACUGACAGAAGACGUGGUCGAGAGUGUUUUUGCCGGCUAUACAUACGCAAAGACAUCUGCUCAAACAUACGAGUUAACCACCUCUAAAGCGAACAAACCGCCAAUAUCUAUCAUUCUCGAUAUCAACCAGAGCGAUAACUAUGUCUUCCGCACACAGCCCGGUGCAUGGCGCCGAGUUAUCAUGAACUUGUUCGGCAACAGUUUAAAGUAUACACCUGGCGGAUAUAUCAAGGUCAAGCUGGAGGUGAAGAGGAAGCCUGAAAAUGAAGACGAGACGUGCGAAUUCCGAUUUUCGGUUACAGACUCUGGUAUUGGAAUGUCAGAGGAUUACAUCAACAACAGGCUAUUCCACUCCUUUGCCCAGGAGAACCCGCUGAGCCAGGGUACUGGCCUGGGUCUGUCAAUUGUCAAACAGAUUGUCGAAUCUCUGGGAGGUGAGGUAGAGGUGCGUAGUGAAAAAGAACGCGGCACCAAAUUCACGGUCACCUGUCCUUUGAAGGAGUCACGGAUGUCGCCUAACUUCUGUGCGACUGGCCCAGAAGGGGAGAAGGAUUUGCAGCUACAGCAAAUUAUCAAACGCACCAAGGGAUUGAAAGUGCGAUUUGAUGGCUUCAACGAGGAAGAGGAGUUCCAUGUUAGGGACCUGAAGAACAAAACAGCCUCGAAGCUAUCUUUGAAGGCGCUUACCAGCCUUUGCGAUGAGUGGUUCGGCAUCGAAAGAUGCGAGGAAGGCGAUAAUGCGGCAGAGCCAAACUUGAUAAUCGCCACGGAGACUUGCGCCAAAGCAUUGCGAACUACGUACAGCCAAAAUCCUGGCAGAGUAUCUCCGACCCCUGUUAUUGUCGUUUGCCAGGGCGCUGCAGCUGCGCAAUCAACAACUGCAAUCACAGUGCCGGGCAUAAUCUUCGAAUGCAUUAGUCAACCUGUAGGACCACACAAGAUGGCCAAGGCCCUCUCGUCAUGUCUCGAUCGCCACACAAAACGAGCAGAGACACAGACUCACAAGAUCGACUCCGUUAUCCACCGGAUAACAGAGCUAAAUCUAACAGAGAAGAAAGCAGCACCCCGUCGUAUCGACCAACUGCACGUCGUAGAAUCAACUCGACCUCAGCUCACCAGCAUUAAUAGUGCCCCAGAAAUGCGCUCAAUCAACAACCCCACUCCGCCCAAAGCCUCGAAAUACCUAAAACCUUCCCGGGCGCUUCGCUGUCUUUGCGUAGACGACAACCCCAUCAACCUCCGCCUCCUCCGUACCUUUGUCGACAAACUCGGCCACCACCACGUCCUCGCGGCCGACGGCCUCGAAGCCCUAGAAGCCUACAAAGCCGCCACCAACGACGAAACAGAAGAAUCGCGCAUCGACGUCGUAUUGAUGGACAUCAACAUGCCCAUCAUGGACGGCCUGGAAGCUACCCGCCAAAUUCGCGCCCAUGAAAUACGGUCCGGAUUACCUAAAGUCACAAUUAUUGCGUUGACUGGCGUAGCCGACACGGACAUUCAACAAGAAGCUAAUUCGAGCGGGAUCAAUCUGUUCUUGAUUAAGCCAGUUAGGCUGGCUGAUUUGGAAGUCAUACUCAAGGGUGUUGUUACGGGGCAGGAUAAAGCGAAUCUAGAGCUUGAAGCUGAAAAGGAAAAGAUCAGACUGGCUGAAGCGGAAGCUACACUCAAGGCCAAGAGUGUGUCUACAGAUGAGAAGACGAGGAGUAUCAAUGUUGGUGUUGCUGUGGUGAAGGGCGAGGAAGACGAUAUCACAAAGGCCGCUGCGGUCAAAGUGUGCCAACACAAGAAGAGUGCGUCGAUUGUAUGA